CGGGAUUUCAUCACUCUUGUUCCUCGAGAAACAAGAGCUACAUUUUCUCGACGAGGCGCGGGCGCGAUGGCGGCAGCAAUGUCGGCGGCGAGCGUCGGUAAUGUAAAGGUGGGAGGAUUUCUUGGCAGCUCCAGGGGAUUCCAGGCGAAUCGGGGCCGAAAUAUCGUGUUUUCCAGGAAGAUCAUGGCCAGCGCCACGAAAGAGGCCCCAAGAAAGGGCGCUAAGGAGGCGAUGAAGGAUACACUGCUGACGCCGCGCUUCUACACCACGGAUUUCGACGAGAUGGAGCAGCUCUUCAACACCGAGAUCAACAAGAAGCUCAACAUGGCGGAGUUCGAGGCGCUGGUGGCGGAAUUCAAGGCCGACUAUAACCAGACGCACUUCGUGAGGAAUCCCGAGUUUAAGGCCGCCGCGGACAAGAUCACGGGGCCAAUGAGGAAGAUCUUCGUGGAGUUCUUGGAAAGGUCGUGCACGGCUGAGUUCUCAGGGUUUUUGCUCUACAAGGAGCUGGGAAGAAGGCUCAAGAAAACAAAUCCCGUGGUUGCGGAGAUUUUUACGUUGAUGUCACGGGAUGAAGCACGGCAUGCAGGGUUCCUGAACAAAGGAUUAUCCGACUUUAACUUGGCUCUGGAUCUUGGAUUUCUGACCAAAGCCCGGAAGUACACCUUCUUCAAGCCACAGUUCAUCUUCUACGCGACGUAUCUCUCGGAGAAGAUCGGCUACUGGAGGUACAUUACUAUCUACAGGCACUUGAAGGCCAAUCCGGACUACCAGCUUUACCCGAUUUUCAAAUACUUUGAGAACUGGUGCCAAGACGAGAACAGGCACGGCGACUUCUUCUCGGCGUUGCUGAAAGCCCAGCCUCAGUUCUUGAACGACUGGAAGGCCAAACUCUGGGCUCGCUUCUUCUGUCUCUCGGUGUACGUGACAAUGUACCUAAAUGACUGCCAAAGAACUGCCUUUUACGAAGGAAUAGGCCUCGACACUAAAGAUUUCGACAUGCAUGUCAUCAUCGAGACAAACAAGACAACAGCACGAAUCUUUCCGGCCGUGUUGGAUGUGGAGAACCCCGCGUUCAAGGAGAAGCUGGAUGAGCUAGUGGUGCUCAACCAGAAACUUAUAGCUCUCGGUGACUCUACCACUCCAGCUCCUCUGAAGACGCUGCAGAGGCUACCUUUGAUUGCCGGAAUGGUGUCUGGAAUACUGAGCUUGUACCUGAUGACUCCAGUCGAGUCUGGGUCGCUUGAUUGUGUCGAUUUUGAGCCGCAAGUUGUCUAUUAACAAGGUUAUUUUUCUUCUUACUGUGGAAUUAGAUAACUGUAAUUUUUAUA